GUGUGCUGUUUAUUUUUCUGCGUGGCUGGUAAUGUCUGUGAGCAUGUCAACAGCAGAUAAAAUUACAAAGUUCUUUGUUUUGCGUUGUAUGAACUCGAUUAGUUCACAGUAAUUCUCUCCAGGUGGCACACCGGUCACAUCCAUACCAAACAAGCAAGACGUCAACAAGGUGGCGUUGGAAACGAGCUUCGACCAACAGAAAGUACCCGGUUCCACUAACAGAAAAAUUGAGAAGUUAAGGAUAUUAAAAAAUAACAGCUACAUGGGUGCAAAGUCUGGAAUUUCAUAUAGCCACAAGGAAGAAAACUCAUGGAGUUUUAACCGGAAGCACAGUUCUUCGGCUGCUGAAAAUAAGAACCACGUAAUUCGUGACCUGCGCUCUAAAAGGUACAAGAAACAAUUUGGGGACCAUAAAGGGCGUUACUGUAAUACUGAUCAAAAAACAUGGAAUUCAUAUAACUCUGCAAACUCUGAGGAAGUAAGUGAUGCCUCCAUCAACAAAGAUUCAUAUAAAUAUUUUAAUAUCUUCAGCAACGAUUACAAGGAGAAUAUCGGGGACUUCGUGUAUCACGCGAUACAAUUGCUGCACGAAUCACAGAAAUGAUCACUGGUCAUCUCCAGCGCAGACGACGGUGGGCUUCAGGAAAGAACGUACAAGGACGCUGAUUACAUCAUAAUUUUGCACAGCGGUUGAUCCUGAAGGAGUUAUAGAACGCACAGAGCGACAGCUACAGGCGCUGAAGGCACGAGCUUCUUGGAACCCUAGAGGCAAAUUCUUGGUCCUUAUCACAAAACAUUACGAUCAAUACAGGAGAGCGAUGGCGAAGCAAAUAUUACAACUCUUGUGGAAUUUCAGGGUGAUCAACGCGGUAGUGGCGAUUGCGCGCCAGGAAUCCGCUCUGGUCCUAUACACUUGGUUUCCUUAUGGGUCACCGAGAACGUGCACACAAUUACGUGUAACCACGUUGAACUAUUGGGUCUUUGAAGACAGUGGACGAUUUCUUCUCGGUUCUUCUUUGUUCCCACAGAAGAUUCCCCAUGACUUGAAAGGAUGCAGCAUCAAGGUUUCGACAACUGAAAUCGAGCCAUUUGUUAUUCUACCUUACAACAACAACCCUGACGUGACAUCGAAAGACGGUCUCGAGGGACGUUUAUUCCAAUCGAUAAUGAAGAUGAAUUUGCGGUUUCAGCUGAACUUGACCGGAAAUGAGAAAUGGGGAGACAAACUCCCCAAUAACACAUGGACUGGCAUAAAGAGAAAUCCCUUCAAUGACGUAAGUGAGCUAGGUUUUGGAGCUUUACUUCUGGACACGGAAUUAUGCGAGGUGUUGGAAUGCACGGACCCUCAUUUGAAAGACUCAUUGGUGUGGCACGUGAGACGUCCCAAUCAGUAUCUCAGUAGCCCUGCUGUUAUGGCGCAUGAGUUGUCUUUCCGAGGAGACGUCUUACGAAAUUCUGGUCAAAAGUUUGACUCACGUGUGGGCCGUCGUGCUCGGGGUCUCACUACCAGAACUGCCGCGUGCAUCUCAGACCCGACUUUUAUUUCUGAUCUGGGUCAUAUAUUGCCUGCACAUCAACGCGGUGUACCUUUUGUUCUUAACCUCAUAAAUCCAGGGUUCGAAAAACAGGUUCGUACCGUUGAUGAGCUGGUGCGAUCAAAAUUGGAUUUCGGGUGCCACUCGGGAUUUGACAGAUAUUUGAAUGACUCUACGGAUAAGAUACUAUCUCGCCGCAGUCACUGCGCUGGCGUUGGGGAUGACUGUUUUUGACGGAUGGCAGAAAGAGGGGAUUUCGCAAUGUUAGUGUCGAGUACGCUUGCGCAGUACAAGAACGGCUUUGAGUACAAUGAUCGAAGCGGAAGAAAUUUUUUCAAUCCUUUUCAUGAUGCAUUUCUGACUUAUGACUUCGUGAUGUAUCUGACGAAAGGGAGUCACCUGCUGGAGAGACUUGACAGUGUUGUCCAGCGCACGGUGGAAGCUGGGUUGCUGGGGCAGUGGUGGGAGGAGAUGAUGACCACCCUGAGACUUCGACGGGUUCUGAGCACCGAACAAGAGUCCUCAACGCUGACAUUUUCUCAUCUACAAUCAGUGUUUGUGUUUCUCUUGUUCGGACUUCUGAUUAGUUUCACUGUUUUCAUUUGCGAGUUCUUGUCGUUCCGUGCGUACUAAUGAUUAAAUAAUUCCUGGUCUUGUUGAAUAAAAACACCCAAUAUUUCUCAGCUGACACUAAUCCGAGGUAAGCAUUCAGCACAGUACACAGGCAGGGAAUUGGCAAGGCAAUUAUGAUGGAGAGUAGAUGUCCUUGGGAAUUUUACGUUUCUUUAUUUUUAAAGUUUCCCGUGAACUAUACGGCGCACCCUAGUCAAUCCAACGCUUUCUCUGGUUUGUUUUGUUAUGUGUAGUAGAGGCAAAUCUCUCGGACUGAACAGUACUCUCCCUUCCAGCAGAUUUAGUAUUACAACAAAUUGUGUGGUACUC